AUGACAUCGACACCGAUAGAUAAGAGCCAGGAGACUAAGGAUAAGGUUCGGUUGAUUCGAGAGCAUCUAAAAGCGGCUUCCGAUAGACAGAAGUCCUAUGUUGAUUUGAAGAGGAAUGACAUUAAGUAUUCUGUGAGGGACUUGAUCUUUCUUAAAGUUUCACUGUGGAAAAAGAUUUUGAGGUUCAGACACAAGGGUAAGCUAAGUCAUCAGUUUAUUGAGCCGUAUCGGAUUCUGAAGCGAGUGAGGCCAGUCGCAUAUCAGUUAGAGCUAUCUCUCGAGUUGGAUUGUGUAUAUGACGUGUUCCACGUCUCGAUAUUGAGACGCUACCGCUCUGAUCCCUCACACAUUGUGCCAGUGGAGGAGAUUGAGGUUAGGCCAGAUCUAACUUUCAAGGAGGAGCUGGUUCAGAUUCUUGAUCGCGACGUUAAGGUUCUGCGUAGGAAAUCUUUUCCUUUAGUGAAAGUGCUGUGGCAAAUCAUAGCACAGAAGAGGCCACUUGAGAGCCGGAGGAUUCGCUACGUCAGCAGUAUCCUCGUCUUUUUUAAUUAG